AUGGCACCGGUUUGCUCCUUCCUGGUCUCCUUCAGGCAGCCCUGGGCGCUGGUGGGGGUCCUCGGAGGAGAUCGGCUUUCCACAGCAGAAGAUAAGCGAGAGUACCAUGGGAAUGGGACAACGGGGUUAGCUGUAGCCCGAAGAGAUUUCCUUACCUACGAUGGAACCCAUUUUACUGUCACUGCUUUCAGUGGAUGGAUAAAAGGGGUGCCUCGUAAUGGAUUUAAAGUGGAAGUGUCCAAAGGAACAAUUCUUCAUUUGGUGGACGAGGUUACGAGUUGGUUACCUGGCGACCGUAUCGUCAUUGCCAGUACAGAUUAUUCUAUGCAUCAGGCUGAAGAGUUUAAUCUUCUUCCUUGCUCUGAAUGUAAAAGUAAUCAAGUGAAGAUUGAUGGCAGCCCACUUUAUCUUCACAUUGGAGAAGUCAUAGAUGGUGUUGAUAUGAGGGCAGAGGUUGGCCUUCUGACAAGAAAUAUACUUAUUCAAGGAGAAAUGGAAGACUCCUGUUAUGGACAAAAUCAAUGCCAGUUUUUCCCCUUUGACACAUUUGGAGGACAUAUUAAAAUCCUAAGGAAUUUUAGCUCUGUUCACAUGUCAGGAGUGGAAUUAAAAAACAUGGGGCAGCAAAUCCUGGGCAGUUACCCUGUGCAUUUCCACUUGGCUGAGGAUGUGGAUGAGAGAGGAGGAUACGAGCGCCCAACGUAUCUGGCUAACUUGGCUAUCCACCACUGCUUCUCUAGGUGUGUUGCCAUACAUGGAACUCAUGGCCUUUUGGUAAAAGACACCAUUGGCUAUGACACUUUGGGGCACUGUUUCUUCCUGGAAGAUGGGACAGAGCAACGCAACACCUUUUAUCACAACUUGGGGCUCCUCACGAGGUCAGGGACCAUCUUGCCUUCAGAUCGUGAUGAGGCCAUGUGCCUCACCAUCCGCAGUCACGUCCAUGGCAGUUACGUUCCUGUGCCGAGCACCGACUGCAUGGCUGUCAGCACAUUCUGGAUUGCAAAUCCAAACAACAACUUAAUAGAGAACGCAGCAGCUGGUGCUCAGGAUGUCGGGAUAUGGUACAUCUUCCACCGGGUUCCCACUGGACAGUCUGAGGGGCAAUAUCCAGAGGGACAGGCUGAACACACCCCCUUGGGAGUAUUCUACAACAACAGAGCCCACUCCAAUUUCAAGGCUGGUUUGUUUAUUGGAAAAGGAGUAAAGACGACGAGAGCCAGUGCUGAAGAUCCUAGAGAGUACCUCACCGUCGAUAAUGCCAGGUUUCGCCCACAUCAAGAUGCUGAUCCCGAAAAGCCACGAGUUCCUGCCGUGAUUGAUGGCCUUAUUGCUUUUAAAAAUAAUGACCACGGGGCCUGGGCCAGGGGUGGCGACAUUAUUUUCCGCAACUCGGGGUUUUCAGACAAUGGAAUUGGACUCACUUUGGCAAGUGAUGGCACUUUCCCGACAGAUGAAGGCUCCAGCCUGGAGGUCACACACUCCAUUUUUGUUGGAGAAAGCAGCAACUUUGGCUCCCAGGGAGGCCAAAACAGCUACUGGGGAAAAGGGGCAAAUGGAGGAUACAGGACACUUCCCAGAAACAAGACGUUCCCUAUUCGUGGAUUCCAGAUUUAUGAUGGACCUGUUAGGAUGGCAAAGUGCACUUUCAAGAAGUUCACCCCGACUGCUGACAGAUACUCAAGUGCCAUUGGGUUCUUCAUGAAAAACUCCUGGCAGAUAAGCCCCCAGAAUAAUGUGUCACAGGUCUUGAUGGAGAAAAGUGUUGGACUGAAAGUGUUUUUUGGCAGAUCAGGCCAGUGGUUUGGAAACAAUGACAAUGAUGGUGACAAAACAUCUGUCUUCCAUGAUCUGGAUGGCUCGGUGACUGGGUACCUGGACACUUUCGUAGGCAGAGCAGACAACUGCUUGCUGCGCCAUCCCGGGUGUCUGACUGUCCCCCACUGGAACGGGGUGAUGUGCACCGGGAAAUUCGCACAGCUUUAUAUUCAGGCCAGACGCCCUGAGAAUCUGACCUUAUCCAUCGCCAGAGCAGCAUACCAUUCCCAUCCCUUGCGGUUGCAAGGCGUGAACAGAGGAGCACCAUACCAGCAGUACCAGCCCGUUGUCAUGCUUGAGCAGGAUUACAUCAUCCGGUGGAAUGGCAGAGCACCCGAGGAUGUUAUCCUGUACCCGAUCAACUUCAACAGAGGAGACUGGCUGCGUCUUGCCCUCUGCUAUCCUAGCAGGGCCGUUUUCCAGGUGGUGGCAGAUAUCUACCAGCGACGGACAGGGACGGUGCACAGCAUAAAGCACUACCUCGCCACUCCCUCCCGGGCCAUGGCUCUCAACAGCACCGGCGAGCGGCUCUUCUACUUCGACAGAGCAUCGGGGUACCUGUUUGUUCACCUGCAAGCCCACGAACCUCGGCAAGGACACAGUUACUGCUCCCAGCAGGGCUGCGAGCGUAUUAAAAUCACAGCACAGAUGUACCCAGGGGAUGUGUGGAGCUGUGACCCAAACCCCUUCCCGCAGAGGCCAGCAGCUGCUCAGCGUCCCCUGUCCCAGCGCCCAGCGGGGCCGUGCAGGGGGUGUGGGGCCCCGCAGCUCGCUAUCACUAGCACACCCUCAGUCAAGUUUAUAAAGAUCCAGAUCCAGUCUCUUGGCAGGGCAGACAUACAAAACCACUUGACAUCUGCGUUCAUUAAGAUAAAUGAUACAACUUUCCUGUUCAAUAGCCGUGGGAUAUUCUUCGUGGUGGUAGAUGCAUGUUCAGGAGCAGUUGUGAGUAGGCGGCACUUUGACAUGGUUACCAGUGAAAAUGCUGCCAGGACAAUUACUGAUUAUGUUCAAACAUCUGUAAAAGAAAGAUCACUUGUUCUUGUGUGCUCUAGAGAUAUUGCAGACGUGUUGAGGAGCUCGGAAAUGACUGUUUUUACCAGGUUAGGUUCAGCAAAGCCUAUUGUCUUCCACAAGGAAGGGAGUUUUGCCAUGCUUGGCUACAAAGGACAAGCCAGACCCUCCUGGAUUAAAGUCCUUAAUCAUGCUGGUUAUCAGAAAGCCGCGUCUUUACAGCAUUAUGUUCCCUUGAAGCUGAAAGAAUAUCAAUGUCCAGAAUAUAAUGCUAAUGAGUUACUAAAAUUCACUUUUUCUCAGAACCACUCGGAGCACAUCUCUGCAGAGCCCACCGUGCACCAGGUUUAG